UCUCUCCGUGGAUGCGUCGCGGUGGUCACGCAGGACAGUGAAGCGCUGACAGCCGGCAGGCUGCUUACGAGGAAGAGUGUCUGCAGCAGUGAGCCCAAAACUGGAUUACCAGUAAUCCUGGAUUACCAGUAAUCCUGGAUUACCAACACACCGAGGGCUCUCCAGCAGAGGGCAGCAGAAGAUCAACCUCAACACCCAGUCCCAGAGCUGUUAGCGCCGUCCGGAUUACUCCUUUGAAAACCAUGAAAGGUUCUCCUGAUCUGAUUCCCUCUGCAGAUUUGGAUCCGAGCAAGGUGUGCAAAGGAAAAGGCGUGGUGACUCUACGGGCAACCCUGGUCCACAUUGAUGACGAGGGCUUCGUCAGCAAAGAACCCAAUGUCGUCACGACAACAAGCGGCUGGACCGGCCAGAUUAAUGGGGACGGAACGAAAGCAGAAGCGGCUGAGGGGGGCAGCAGUAACACGGCUCAUUUACCUCCAGAAAACAACACUCAGUGCCAGGCCAAUUUUAAAAGCAUAAGAGAAAUUCAGAUUCCGUCUCCUUCAGAUGCUCAGACUUGCAACCAAUCAGCUCCCAGCUGUGUUUAUCCCCGCACCACUGCAGUCAACCCGACCAUCGUCCUGCUGCAGCACAGCAGAGAGCAGCAAAAGAAUCUGUCCCAUCUGGAAGAGCCGACCCCAGACAUAGACAAAGGUCCUGGCAGGAACUCUGUGAGUCCAGUCUCUGAUAUGGACGGGAAGAGGCUGCGGCUAUCAUUGCACUCCCCCGACCUCGGCCCUAUAAGCAAACCCAUUGUGCCUGUGCGGAACACUGAGAAAUCCAAGGACUGGUAUAAGAAUAUGUUCAAACAGAUACACAGAAUACCCGAGCCUAUUGAGGAAAAUCCCUACCGCCCCACCUACAUUUUCCCCGAGACCUAUGACAUUCGCAUGAACCCAAAAGAUGAAGGUCCCACCCCCUUCGGUUACCUGGAAGAUGGGAAAACUGUGCCACGCUCAAAAAGCGACGACCUGGUCGAUUCCAGGGGGAGACUAAUGCCGGUGCCAACGCGGUCCUCUUCUCUAAAACCCUCAACUACAAGGAGCGAGUGGGAGCCUCCGGAUAAAAAGGUAGACACCAGGAAGUACCGCGCCGAGCCCCGGAGCAUCUUCGAGUACGAGCCGGGGAAAUCAUCGGUGCUGAAGCUGGAGAGAACGGAUUUAAGUCCAGAAGAUGUAGAUUUAGAGAAUGAGCCUUGGUAUAAAUUCUUUUCAGAGAUGGAGUUUGACAAAGCGAGUGCCCCCUCCUUCAGCCCUCUGGAAACAACCUCCGACCUGCAGCAGUACUCCUCAAGCAAGUCUGGGCACAACGAGGUGGAGAAGGACAGAGGAUCAUCAACGGGUGAGCCUGGGGCUCCAGAAUGCGACCGACAUGUUUACAAGACCGUCCUGGAGGGCGGUGACAUUCCCUUACAAGGUCUGCGGGCUCUAAACAAGCACCAUGGAAGCUCUUCCUCCUCUAAAGUGGAUUAUAAAGGUGGGAAUGGCUAUAUAAUUUCACCCUGCUCCUCUGUAAAUAGUCGAACGGUUCUUGCCAGUAAUGCAAUAGGUGACCAGUGUAAGAGUAAGAAGCCUCUAUCUGCUGCCAAAGCCUGCAUACCGCAGAUCCUGCCCUCUAAGUUCAAGCCUAAGCUGCUGCCACCCAGUGGUGACAAUCAGGACAGCAGGACUGAUGCUGUCAGGCAGCCUAAGGCCCACAGCUGUGAGGAGAUCUACACAGGGUGCUGUAAUGAAGCAGAGGAAGAGGAGGGCGCUCAACUAUCAGAUAGUGGUGCUGAGUGCAGGGAUGGCCUCAGAGGUGUCUUCCCUGCCAUCCGGAGGAGCGCAUCUGAGUUCUCCAGCCUGUACAGGUCCAUGCAUCACAUCCAGAGGCCCAGCUCUGUCGGCUGCAGCCCCCAAGGCAGCGUCCGCAGUCUGACCUCUCUGUUUGAGAAGGCGAAGGGUGACGGCGAGAGGUCGGAGGCGGUGGACGGCGGGAGCGUUCGACGGGACAACGUGUCGUCUCGGGUCAGUGAGUUCGAAAUGAUUAUUCAGCGGUCCAGCUCUGCUCCCAGCCGCUCUUCCUCCCUGCCCACCCUGCACUCCAGCCAAAACCACAGCCCCAGCCACAGCCCCUCCCCUCCCUGCAUGGCGUCUGCAGUCUCAGCCGAGGCCCUUCUGGUGGCUAACGCCACAAAGACGGAUGUUUGCUCUCUGGUGGAGGCAGAGGGCCACGACUUAAGAACCUCAUCAGCGGGGAACUGUACAGUGGAUAAAGCUGCCUCCUCCUCAGGGGACGGACAUGACGACAGGACAGAGUCCCCCUGUAACACUGAGGCUGAAGUAGAGCAGAUCUUUAAUAAAAAUCCACAAGAAUGUGUCCACCAAAGUGCCAGUGAAUCAAAAACUCCGCCUGCAUCCCCUCACCAGCAGAACCAUCUGCAGCACCAUCACCACCACCUCCUGCACCACUUAAACCAUCAACUGCUUCUCAAGCCCAGUAAAUGCAAAGGCUCCUGCCCAGCCUCCUACACCCGCUUCACCACUAUCCUCCGUCACGAGAGGCAGCAGGCCACGGUUCAGCAGGAGAAGCCGGCAGCUGCAGAGAAGAAGGCCAUGCUGCCCGGAAACCUCUUCCUCAUGGUCCCAGCCCCCUUCAGGUUACGGAAGAACCUACAGUCUCACCAAACCCGAAGGACACUGUUAGCCACCAAGGUGACCCCCGGCCCCCAGAAGCCCCCCAGUCUGUCGCCGGAACCCAGACCCUUCAUCCCCCUGCGGCUCUCCUCCCUGGAGGUCCUGGAGAAGCUGAGUAACGAGGAGGGCGGCGGGACGGAGCGGCUGAGUAACGGGCAGGUCUUCGACGCCAACGGGAACCUACUGCAGCCGCUGGCAGCUCACCACAGAGACUCCUCCCCAGCACCCGAGGAAAGCCAGGAUGAAGUGUUGAGGAAGCGUCAUGGAGACAAAGAGAAAAUCCUGGAAGAGCAGCGGAGGCUGAAGCGGGAACAGGAAGAGGCCGACAUCGCGGCUAGGAGACACACGGGCAUCGUUCCAACGCACCACCAGUUCAUCACCAACGAGCGCUUCGGAGACCUGCUCAACAUCACAGAUAACGCCGAAAAGAGGAAAUCAGGCAUCGAGAGAACUCCAGCCAUGGCACGCUUUGACUUCAGGGCAGAAACCCUAAAGGAAUUACCGUUUCAGAAGGGGGAUAUUGUGUACAUUAUCCGACAAGUCGAUCAGAACUGGUAUGAAGGCGAACAUCACGGAAGAGUUGGAAUUUUCCCCAGAAGUUACGUGGAGCUCCUCCCUCUGACAGAGAAAGCCCAGCCAAAGAAAAGCGCCCCGGUCCAGGUACUGGAAUACGGAGAGGCAGUCGCCCGCUUUAACUUCAAAGGAGACACAGUGGUGGAGAUGUCCUUCAGGAAGGGUGAACGUAUCACGUUGAUCCGCAGAGUGGAUGAGAACUGGUACGAGGGUAAAAUCUCCGGCACUAAUCGGCAGGGCAUCUUCCCCGUCACCUACGUGGACGUCCACAAACGGCCGCGAGUCAAAAACGGGGUGGACUACCCGGAUCCUCCGGUCAGCCACUCGCCGCAGCGCAGCACCAACGCUUCCCCUCAGCUCUAUCGUAACCGUCUGACUACCUCCCCCCUGCCUCUCCCUCGCUCCCCCCGUCGAUCCGUGUCCCCUGAGGUCCACGCUGUCUCCUCUGAGUGGAUCUCUCUGACCGUGGGAGGUGGGAGCCCUCCCGCUGCCCCGACCCCUCCCCUGCCGCCGCUGCCCAGCGUGUCCUACCGCUGGGGCGAGUACCUGCCUCCACCUUACUCUGCCAGCCCCGUGCCCAAUGUCACCGGCAGCCCGUAUUGUAUCUCCCCCAUGGCUUCCCCAUCGGCCUCCCCUCUGCCCCCACCGUACCCACCGAGGCCCAGCUCAGCCACUCCCUUCCUCACUUUCACUCCACCUCAGGGGGAGGGCUUCCUGCUCCACUCUUCCUCCCCUCACCUCUCGCGCAGCGUGAGCCCGAGCAGCGGGCCGGUGCUGGAGGGCUGGCUGAGGGGGGAGAAGGAGCUGACGGAGGGGGAGAGCACUGAGGGGGACAGGGGUCGCGCCGCCCUGGGCAGCAGACACAAUAGCCCUGCAGAGUUUAUGAAGAACGAGGCCGACCAUCACGGACGGAUCUCCAGAAGCCCUGUGAUGCCGUAUGACAUCCCGGAUAACAACAAUGUUAAUUCAUUUGCGGAGGCAGUGUGUAAUGAGAUCUUGAAUAUUGCUGAGACCUCGGUGAGGUACUGCAGCACCCUGUCCCACCACCAUAAUGACUCUCUGCAUAGACUGCACCCCCACCCCAGUAAACAAUCUCUCAUCAUUUCCCAGCAACCCCAGUCCCACAGCAGCAGUCCGGAGCCAAGCCGUCUCAACUGUGGAAUCUUCCAGGCUCUGUACAGUUAUGUGCCUCAGAACGACGACGAGCUGGAGCUGCAGGAAGGAGACCUCGUCAGUGUCAUGGAAAAAUGCGAUGACGGCUGGUUUGUCGGCACAUCAAAGAGGACAAAACAGUUUGGGACUUUCCCUGGGAAUUACGUGAAGGAAGUGAAAUUGUAACCAUAUCUUAUCUGCCUGUAACACAUGGUUGCCUGUCAAGCUUGGGAAAGUUAUUGCUACUGCGCAUGGCUGUUGGUUAGAAUAGUCAUCAGGCCAGGGCGAACACAUUUAGUCCAGGAAAGUGAUCAGUGUGGCCUGGGGUAUGUCAAACUGCACGAGGGGGACGGUUCUGUGGCCCAAACCAACGAUCACACAUUACUCACUCCGUCCUCAACACCGGAGAAUAACGUCACACGAUUAUUUGCACAGAUUUUAGCUUCCAAUUCGUCCGUGUUUAUGUAGCACCUCAGUCUAGAGCAUCAGAGCAGCUCGAGGAUCGUAGAGCGGAUCUUCUCACCUAUGAAGGACUUCGGAGGAGGAAGAAAUGUUUUUUAUGUGAUGCAAAUUGAAGCUCGCUGUCACGAUUUACCUUUUAAAACCAGAGGUGUGAUGCAAAUUUGUGGAAGUUGUUCAUUUAAAAGUAGAAAUAUAUCAGAUGAAGUUCCCUACUGUAAAAUUUUUAUGAGAUUUCUUUUUAGGUUUCUGUAGUUCAAACGGACAUUUUCCCCUUAAUUUUGUUUUAUUUUGCAAAGGUUAAAGGGCAUAUAUCAUUACGAAAUAUAUUUUUUUUUUACUGUUUACACAGAGUCAGAUUUAUUUCUAAAUGUUAAAAAAGUGCAAGGCGAUUCAGAUAAAGCAAAAUGUUUUGGAUAAGUGAAAAUUUUACAAUUUAAAACCAGUCUUGGGCAUCAAGGCAAUACAAUAUCCAGCCAAGACUAAAGCAGUGGUAGCUAAGUCUGCACAUAGAAACUGAAGUUUAAGAGUUUAUUUGGUGAUCUCUCAAGUGAGGUGGAGAACAUUAGGAGAAAUCUCAGGGAGCAGAAACCCAGCAAACAUGCACCCUACAGGGAUUUAAACGCUCUGUGCAGAGCCCUAAGGCUGCAAGUCAGGAAAGGAGGGAGGGGUCCAGCUGAAUAUGGCAGCAAUACCAUAAUUCUCUCACUUGUUUUUGAUUCAGACACUGAUUAAAACAAAGAUGCAAUCACAUGUAAUCAUUGGUGAAGUAAAAAUAUUAUCCAUAUUUUUGCUAACAAACAACUUUUGCUGUCACCUGGGCGGUCUGGCUGUUGACUCCCCCUCCGGGUUGCUGCUGUGUUGGGUUCUCUCCCCCCAGCUCUCCGGAGACAAACAACACAUUUCCCCUUUUCUUUCAUAAUUCAACAUAAUUAAACAAUAUUAGUUUCUUUUUUAUGUGUGGGAAUCUGUCUUCCGUAGUUGGAUUUACCUCCACAGAGACCCCCCCCCCCAUACCCCCACUGCCCACGUUUCAUUUAUUUAUGAUCUUUGCAUAAAGAAAUGCAAACUUUAUCCUAAUGCCACAUGUUUCCCUCACAAAACUCAUUCUUUC